CACACACACACACAUACACACAUACAUACUCUCAAACAAUCCCUCCAACACAAUCUAGUCACUCACUUUCUCUCUCCUAACAGUUACACACGCUCUCUACACACACUUGCUAGCUACGCCACAUAACCUUGUAAGUAUCACCUAUCAUGGUGGGCUACUGUCCGAUCUGUGGGAAGCCUGUCUACUUUGGUGAGAAGAAGAGGUCGUUAGGGCGGGACUACCACCCUCUGUGUCUGAAGUGCCAAAACUGUAAGAGACAACUGACCCCAGGACAACAUGCAGAGCACGAAGAGAAGCCGUACUGCAGCAACUGCUACAUGAAGAAGUUUGGCCCCAGAGGUAACAGAGGACUGAUGUCGUCUAGUCGCAGUUCAGCCUCAUCUACCUCCUAGGAACAGGCCUGACCAAAAAACAAUCAAAGGACAACCAGCAGGCCAUCAUCAAAGCUCAAUAUUAAACCAGCCAACACUCAACUAGACAUCCAACUCAAUAUUUAUUUGAUCAACUAUUUUGCUCACUGUAAAAGUUGACCUAUUUCACUCUUCUGUAGACUUAAACUGUUGUAACUGAAUAAAACAGAAGCAACCACACC